ACCUUGCUAGAGCAGAGAGAGAGAGAGAGAGAGAGAGAGGGAAGGAGACGCUGAGAGAGGGAGAAGGAGACGCUGAGAGAGAGAGAGAGAGGGAAGGAGACGCUGAGAGAGGGAGAAGGAAACGCGUCAGAGCAGGACCCACAUGAUGAUGAAUAUCCAGGGCCAUGGAAUGUCAUGCGUGUGUUCAAUUCAAGUGAAGUGGCCUUUGUUUGUAUAAUGGAUUGGGUUACUUAACUGUCACCAAUCUGACAGUUGGGAUCAUCUGUUGGUGGGAUUUGAUGACCUGCUGUGCGACCUGCUUGACAAUACAAUGGCCAGGGCCAUUGAAUGUCUUGCAUAUUUUCAAUUCAAGUGAAGCUCUCUUUGAUGACAAUUUGAGUAAGAAGGGGCCUUUGUUGUUGGGCCAAUUUUCAGAGAGACCAUGUUUAAGGUGCCAGAUCAUCAGGUUGCGGGCCACCAAGCCCGCGAUGGCAACCUCGGCCCCCUUGUGGAUGGCUUAGGCCACUUCUUCAAGCCUCUCCAAAGCAAUGACCGUGGCUCCAAUGAGGUUGCCUUCUACAAUUCCUUUUCCUCUAAUCCCAGACUCCCAGAUCACAUUAGGCACUUCUUCCCUAUCUUCUAUGGUACCCAGUUACUAGAAGCCUCUGAUGGGUCUGGUCUGCGCUCCCACCUGGUCAUGGAAGACCUCAUCUCAAAUCUCCUCCAUCCGUCUGUGAUCGACUUCAAGAUCGGUUCCAGAACAUGGUACGGUGCGGCAUCUGAGGAUUAUAUCCAGAAAUGCCUUAAAAAGGAUCGGGAAAGCACAACCCUGCCAUUGGGUUUUAGGAUUUCAGGCUUGCAGAUCUAUGAGAGUAAGGAAUUGGGGUAUUGGAAACCUGAUAAGGAGCGAGUCAAGGGCUUUACAUUGGAAGAUGUUAGGUUGGUUCUAAGGAAGUUUGUUUCUUCGAACCCGUCUUCCAAUUCCGAACCUGAUUGUUUGUAUGCAUCGACCAUCUACGGUGGGUCCAGUGGGAUUCUGGCACAGUUGUUGGAGCUGAAAGCAUGGUUUGAGGAUCAAACCAUCUACCAUUUCUAUUCUUCUUCAGUUCUGAUGAUGUAUGAGAAGGACGCAGUGGAGGCAGGAAAGUCCAAUGCGAAAGUAAAGCUUGUGGAUUUCGCUCAUGUGUUGGAAGGCGAAGGUGUUAUUGAUCAUAACUUCUUGGGGGGGCUCUGUUCUUUGAUAAAGUUUGUGUCAGAAAUUCUGAUGGGCUCUGAUGCGGAUGGUAUCAAAGGUUGUGAAGGGACCCGAGAAGAACCAACCUAGCAUCCAGAACGGCUUUGAAGAGUGAAUGCAAUUUGAAGGUUGAUGCUUGAUAUUGAUUUGGUGAGCUUUUCGGUUCAGCUCUUUUAAUCAGAAUAUUUGAAUUGCUGAUUGUCUUGCAGAAAUGAUUGUUCUGUGAAUUUUAAUUUGUCAGACUAGAAUCCACAUCUUCUCCAUGGAUGUUUUGACUCAAUGGAGGUUUAAAAGAGGGACUAACUGUAGUUUUUUAUAUGAUUUCUCUCAAAUUUAUAGCAUGUACUUCUUGUUUUUUCUA